AGUGAACGCACGAGCCGGCGCGGUAGCUUUGUUGGGUGAUUCUUGUUCUUCUCCUUCUCCUUCUUAUCCUUCUUAUCUUUCUUAUCCCUCUUCUCUACAGAGCAAUCAUAGCAAUAUACGAUAAUCGUGCAUAUCUGCUGAUGUUCGUAUGUUGUCUAGGAAGGUCUAGCCGUCGGAUCUUUCCUUUCUGAGUAUACUCGCCAUAGAGAUGUAAACCGAAGAAAAGGGGUCAGCCGGAUAAGUCCGGACUUAACUAAUCUGAUCCGAGUCUGACCCCCCAAUACUUCUGUCUUCACACGCAACACAGUCGUCUUACCACGUAAUGGCACAUGGCACUCCGUAAAAAUUUUAUCGAUAUCGUGCUUAUCGAUCACUGUGUGGUGUACGCAACAAUGUGUGGCUAGCAUAUCGCAUAUCAUGUGGUCAUGCACGCAGCUGUCUAUACGAAAGUUCGUUAAACUACGUGCUUCCCUCCCCCUCUCUUUGCCCCCCCACUGGAACGCGACUGCUUCAAGCUCUGGACCAUCGCCAUUGCCACCUCCACACGUAUCACUGGAUCGCCGUCUGCCUCUGCCCGAAGCUGAGAAGGGCAAGGGCAACAACAAGAACAACGUCAGCAAGUUGGGAACAUUCGAAGGGGUGUUCCUCCCUACGUCCCUUAAUGUAUUGUCCAUCUUGAUGUUCUUGAGAUUCGGCUUCAUCAUUGGCCAAAUGGGGAUUCUAGGCACCAUGUUUUUGUUGGUCCUUUCAUACGCAAUUGAUAUAUUGACGACAAUGUCAGUCAGUGCCAUCGCCACUAAUGGGACUGUCAAAGGUGGUGGAGCAUACUAUAUGAUUUCCCGAUCAUUAGGUCCCGAAUUCGGAGGUGCCAUCGGCAUCAUAUUUGUCAUUGGCCAGAUUCUUAAUUCGUCAUUGAACGUGGUUGGUUUCAUUGAACCCUUUUUGGAAAACUUUGGCUUGGAGCACGGAGAUAUGGUCAAGUUGUUACCGACAGGAUACAUGUGGCUGGUUCUUUACUCCACAGUUCUAUUGGCGAUAUGUACGUGUGUAGCCAUGGUUGGAUCUCUGUUGGUUUCGAAAACCGCUUUGCUUUUAUUCAUUAUUUUGACAAUCAGUACCGUGUCUAUUCCAAUAUCUACGUUUUUCGUCAAGCCUUAUCAUCCCUUGCCGGCUCCGCACGAUGCCAUUUUGUAUACGGGGCUUUCAUGGAAGACAUUCACCGAUAACUUGUACCCAAAGUUUACCAGCGGUGCAGCAGGGUCGGUGCUACCGCCAGGGGUGCCGGAAACAUUUCGUGAUUUGUUUGGGAUUUUCUUUCCAGCCACGGCAGGUAUUCUUGCUGGUGCAUCGAUGUCAGGAGAGUUGAAAACACCAUCAAAGUCUAUUCCAUUGGGAACGUUACGUGGACUUUUGGUCACGUUUAUUUUGUAUACGGCUGUGAUUGUGUCCAUGGGGUCAGCCAUUCCUCGUGAUUUGUUGCAUGUUGAUAUCAAAGUGAUUCAGACCGUGAACUUGCUGAGCAUUGUCAUUAUCCUUGGUGAGUUCUCGACAUCGUUGUUUUCCGUGAUUAUGGGUAUUGUGGGUGCAUCAUCCAUGAUUAACGCUAUUGCCGAUGACAAAAUCAUACCUGGGUUAUCGCUCUUCACCACGAGCAAAAAGUCAAUCAAGGACCAGAAGAAGGCCCAGAUAUGGAGUAUCAUAUUGACGUGGUUCAUUGCCCAGAUAUUCUUAUUUGCAGAUAUUAACCAGAUUGCCACGUUCAUUACCAUGGCUUUUUUAAUGACGUUUAUCGUGACAAACAUUGCUUGUUUUCUUUUAAAGAUUGGCUCAGCACCUAACUUCAGGCCCUCGUUCAAGUACUUUAGUACAAGGACUGCACUCACCGGUGCCAUUGUGUGUUUUAUCGCCAUGUUUAUCGUCGAUGGGAUCUCGGCCACGCUUGUAAUUUUCUGCUUGACGUUCUUCAUCUUGAUGAUCCACUACCUGACACCCCCGCUGAAGUUUGGUGAUAUCUCCCAGUUGCUCAUUUAUCAUCAGGUUAGAAAGUACUUGUUGAGACUCAAGUUGGAGAUGAGCGUCAAGUACUGGCGGCCACAGAUAUUAUUACUUUGUGACAAUCCCAGAACGUCGUGGAACUUGAUUGGGUUCUGUAAUCAUUUGAAGAAAGGUGGAUUGUAUGUGCUAGGUCAUGUGGUUAUGAUGAAUGAUGAUACUGCUCCGGAAUCCAACUCCAGCAAGAAUAGCACUGUAUUUUCAGUGAAUACUUAUAAAGAAGUGAGGAAGCAAAAGCAAGCAUGGAUUAAGUUGCGAGACAUGUCCAAGGUGAAGGCGUUUGUCCAGAUUGCUUUGGGUCCCACAUUGCCCUGGGGGGUGAGAAAUGUCUACCUUGGAUCAGGGUUAGGAGGAAUGAAACCUAAUAUUACUGUUCUUGGUUUCUACGAUUUUGUCAAGCAUGGCAUUGAGAUGCCAAUCAUCCCCACUUUUGAAGAAGGUGUGACUGACUUGCCCACUGACACCUGUCGUAAGGAGAAGAAGGUGAGUAUUGGCCAAUGGGUGCAGAUUGUCGAGGAUUUGAUUGUCUUGCAGGCAACCGUGGCUGUUGCUGCCAACUUUUCAAAGUUGAAAUUGCCCAAAGUGGAAGAAAAUGGGUUCUGGAAGACGUUAUUCCACAAGCCGAAUGUCGACAAGGGUGUAAGCAAGUAUAUCGACUUGUAUCCUAUUCAAAUGUCGUCCAUUAACCAAUUGGACAAUGGCCAGCUGGUGUUGUCGACAAACUUUGACACGUAUACUUUGAUUCUUCAGUUGGGGUGGAUUUUAUCCACAGUCCAAGAGUGGAAAUUAAACAAUUUCAAACUCCGUGUGAUUGUGUUUGUCGAAGCGGAACAAGAAGUCGAAGACGAGCGAUCAAGAUUGAGUAAAUUGCUCUCGAGUCUUCGUAUCGCGGCGGAAAUCAAGAUUGUAUGCUUGGACGAUGGAAGUUUGGACUCGUAUAACUAUAUGGUGAAGGGAUAUACCAAGACGCAAAGCAAUAGAGCCGUGUGUGAGCGAGUGGAUAAUAUACUUCACGACGAACAAUGGUGGAUUAACUUGUCUAAUGCCAGGGAGACGCUUCGUGAGAUUGAAAAGAAGAAAAUAGCAAGAAAGAAGAUGGCCAUGAAGAAGAAACCCAUGCUGGAUAUAACGAGAAAUGCAUCUACUGCAUCGUUUGCUGGGGUCGAAGAGUUUUACCCGUUGAACUUGAAUUUGAGUCCGUCUCAGCCUAGUCAGUUUGAUCAGUUUAAGCAUAAUAGAAGAUACACCUUGUCGAACUUGCAAGAAAAGGGAAUGGCGCUUUCGUUUAAUCUCAAGUCACAAGCUGCGAAUCAGUUUCUCAAUUAUGAAGAUCCAUUGAGUGACAGUAGUGAUGACGAGGAAACGGCCACCAACAGUGUCAACAACAGCAUGUUGAAUUUGUCGGGUUAUGACAAGACCCCGCUGCACACGCCGUUGCUUUCUCCAAGCACGCCCCAGCCACCAAAACAUUAUCGUCCCAACUUGAAGGAACAGACCAAUCAUUCGAUGUUCAGGUCGUCAGAUCAAUUGUCGAUUAGAUCGGUGUCGAAUCUUCGUCCUAACUUUCUGUCGGUUAAGAUUCCUGAGUCACAGAUCAACGAUGAUGAAGGGGAAGACAAUGCAGAUGAAGCUGAUGUGAAACAGUCGAUCCAGUUUGUUGCUGAUGAUGAAGUAGAAGAACAAGAAGAACAAGAAGAACGGGAAGUACAAGAAAAUGUAGAGGAGGAACCAUUAGAGUUGAAACCACCAACUGAUAUCAAGAAGAGUGUCAAGAGAUCGCCGUCAUCCAAGCUUCGCGCUGAUGCCACGAGAUCACCGGCGAAAUCACCGGCGAUAUUCGCUAAUGACGAUGAUAUCAUUCAACAAAUGAGAACGCCGCAGUUUAUGGCAGAAGAAGAUGACGAGGAUAUUCCACCGUUGGCGCCUACUGACCGCAGCUAUCGUGCUACUUCAUCUACUGGUCCUUCUGGGUCGCGAGAUGAGUUCUACAAAGCGAGAGGAAUGCAAAAACAAGAAGACAAGAAAACCAUAACGAGACGUGAAUUACAAGAAGAGUUGAACAGGUUAAGUUUUGACGACAUACCUGCAAAGGGACAACAUAUCGUGCUUAACGAAUUGAUGAAGCGGAACUCGGUGCUUGGAGAAACCUAUGUGAUCUUCUCGACGUUGCCGGCACCACCGAUAGGCACACAUUUAGAUGAAGGUGAGUCAUUUGAGUAUACCAAUAAUCUUGCUGUGUGGUUAGAUGAUUUGCCGCCUGUUAUGCUUCUCAACUCUCAGACUGUUACUGUCACCACUGCAUUAUAGUUGAUAUACAUACAUAGAUUUUUAAACAAUGACUUUGUCGCAUUCAUAAUAAAUUAAACAAAAAAAAA